AUGCAGUCUAAAGACAUUUUCCCUGAAGCUAACAAGGAUAUCAAAAUCCUUGAUGCUGGGGCCGGCACAGGAAUCAUUGGUGAAAUGCUGGUGCAGCAAGGGUAUAGGAACAUUGAUGCCUUGGACAUUUCUGAAGAAAUGUUGAAUUUAGCAAAAGAGAGGAAUGUUUACAAGCGAUAUAUCUGUGCUGCAUUGAGUGACAUCCCCAUUGAUGACAUACAGACUGGCGAAUAUGAUGUAACACUGUGUGCAGGUACUAUAGUCUAUGGACAAGCAAAGCCGGUAGCGCUGGAUGAGUGUGUCCGUCAUGUAAGACCAGGUAAUACAAGAUGGCCUCUCUUUGCUUCUUGUCACUAGGGACGUCACAUCCCUAGCGGCAAGGAGUGGGGGAGAUUGCUGUUUUUGUUGGUUAGAAUACAUUGGGCUCUCAACAGGCCAUUCAAAACCUACUGUAGGUAGAGAGGAGAGAGGGGGAAGGAGAGAGGGGAGAGGGGAGGGUGAGGAAGUGGGGUUGACCUUCACAUGGCUCAGAUCAUGACUAGAAAGAAAAUAGUAUGGUUUUGUCUCCAGAAGGAACCUAAAAACUGCUAAAUACAUUGACCAAGGUUCCUCCAGUCUUGAAGUCUUGAAAUUUACAAAGCAGUUUUGCAGGCCUGGACAUAGUUUGCAAUGUCUGCCUUCUCCACCCAUCACAGUCUGCCCCGUGCUUCCCACGGGUUACCACUUUAAUAGGGGGUGGAGAAAGCUGACAUUUCAAAUUAACCUGGAAACGGUCUUGAAAAUAAAGAUUUUUUUAUGUACCCAAAACAUUUAAUCACAGAAUGAGAAGUUUCAGAACUCACUGCGUAGGUCGGCACUGCUCUUUUUUUAAACAGCAGGUUUGCAAUGCAUCAUGGGAAAAGUUCUGUUGAUUGAUCAUUUCUGUCAAUCACUAGUUUGAUCACCUUGUCUCUGAAAAAUAAUUUUUUUAUUUAGAAAAAAGUCUGGAAAAUAUUGCCUAAAGUGGGCUAGGCAUUCAUUUUCCACCAACUUAUUAUCCAGGCAUGGUUUUUAAUCAUCUGUUGCUGGUCUUUCCCUAGGUGGUCUAUUUAUUUUUUCCAUACGUGCAGACUCGUUUGAUCCUGUUGAACUUGGUUACCGCACCAAAUUUGAGGAAAUGGAGAAAGCAGGAAGAUGGAGUCUCGUAAACAGAGAGCAGCGAGAACUAUACACCCAUCCCCAUAAUGAGAGCAUUAGGAAAUGUUACUUGAUCACUUACAAAGUGCUCAAGAACUGAUCAACAUUGCUGAAGCGGCUAGUUGACACAUAAACAUUUAAACACAAGCAACACAUCAGACAGUAGGAUGUGUAGAAACAGUAGAAACAACAAAGGCUGCAGAUUGACUAUAUGAUACUAUUUAAUAACUAUAAGUAAAGAAACUUUGCCUGAUGUUCAAAAUUGUAAAUGGGGAAUGUCCAGAUUAUUUCACUAAUCAUAGAACGUAUUUUCAAAAUACCCAUAGCAUCUCCUUUCAAUAAUGCUUUGGCUGUAUUAAGAUGCCGGU